GAAUCUUUGGGUCGUAUCCCCUCAUUGUUUACACGAUCAGCUGGCCUGGGAGACAGGGCGAAGAGGCUCUGGAGGCUGUGGUCCCACAGCCUAACUAGCCCCAUAAAACACCCAAGAAGAAGAAAAUAGCAACUCGCGUGUCUGACUGAAAUCAUAACACACGACACGACAUAAUGAAUAUAUUGCCCAAGAAAAGAUGGCACGUCCGCACCAAAGAAAACAUUGCCCGAGUGCGGCGGGAUGAGGCACAGGCAGCCGAGGAGGAGAAACAGAGGGUUCAGAGAGCCAAACUUGCGGAGCAAGAGGCUCGCACUUUCCUGCUGCGGACCAAAGCACGCCAAAAUUAUGAUGGUGGUUAUGGUAAAGCUGAGCCAGAGGUGGCACCAGCCACAUCAGCACCUGCUAGCAGUGGCACCACCUCCACCACACAGAUUGCUGACAUCUACACAGCAGCAGGAAACAUCAACUUCUUCAAAGACCUGGAGGAGGGGAAGCACACAGAUGGGAAAAAUAAGGAGUAUGAAAAAGAGAAGAAAGAGGAACAGGAAAAAUAUGAGAAGAAGAUUGGCUACUUGACAUAUCUAGGUCAGGACUCCAUGGAGGCUCAGGGGAAGAAGGCUUGGUAUGAGGAAGAUGCUGGGAGGACAACACACAUAGGGGAUGAUGGAGAAGAAGGAGAGGGACUUAAGGAGGUUGGGCUGAAGAGUAAAGAUAAGUUGGAUCCUAUCCAUGACAUCAUCAAAUAUGGGGGAAUCAAACCUAUCAAGAGAAUUCCUGGACUCUUAAAGCCAAAAGCUGCAGAUGAUGCUCUGAUGAUGCCGAAGCAGAGCACAGAAAGAAAAAGUCUGAUGGAAGCAAGUAAAAGUGCUGGCGACAAAAAAAGAAAACACAGGCACAAAGACACUAAGAAGAAGAAAACCAAGAAGUCUAAGAAAAAGAAGAGAGAAAAAUGCAAUGAUGAUGAAGAGGACAGUAGAGAAAAGAUAGAUAGAUAUAGACAUAAAAGAAAACAUUAUGACAGCAGUGAUGAAGUUAAUAGAUCAAGAAAGAGGAGGAAAACAGAUGAUUAUAAAAAUAAGUCCAAUAAGCAUGAGAGAAGGAAAAGACAUCGUAAUAGUAACAGCUGUGGCAGCAGCAGUAGUAACACCUCCCAUAGCAGCUCAUAUGAAAGCAGUGAAGAUGAAGAUGUCCUUCAGGAAAAGAAAAAGAAAUUGGAGAUUUUACGAGCUGAGCGACUGAAGCGGGAGGCUGAGGAAAGGAGGAGAGCAAACAGACUUCUAGCAGGAAAGAAGCCAGACGAGAGUGAUGAACCCCCAAAACAGCCGGCCAUCCAGCAGAAAUACAACAGCCAGUUCAACCCUCAUAUAGCACGCCAGAAUCAGGAGCAACGGACUUUGGAAGCUGGUGUCAAGUAUUGGGUUCAGUAAGCUGAGCAUCAGUGGUUGAGUGUGUGGUGUGAAGAUUUGUACUGACCAGCUCUUAUAAUAUUAAUACAACAAUGUUUUGGAGGAUAUUGUUAAUGAUUAAAAUUUUUGAUUAAAGUUAAAAUUUUAAUUUUGAAACUAAUAUUCAUAAAAGAAUUUUUAAAGGAAACUUUUGCCUUCAUAUAUCUACCAUCAAAUAGUGAGAAACAUACCAGAUAUCCACUACUUUGUUUGUAACUCGAAUGUUCUUCAAUUAAACAUUUCUCUUGUCAGUACUGAGCAAUGUACACAGCAGUGUAAAAUAGGUUCCCACAGUACAGCCAUACCCUAAUGAUACUCCACAGUAUAUUUUUAACAACCUUAAAAUAGAUAUUAGAUAACUCUGAAAUUAAGUGGGUAAGCAAACACUUAAUUCUUUUCAUCCUCUUUCACUGAUCAGCCUGGUGAACAAGGCUUCAACUUUGCUGUCCUUCAUGAUUAACCCAUCUGCUGCGAUUGGCAUGGAUUCGGCUUUCACUGUGUUAGCCUUGUGACAUACGUAGAGUCCCAGGUCUUUCUCUGCCUCUGUGGUGGAUGGUGGAAUGUUUCCCAUGUGGUAUUGGUAUGCUGGAUAUCCUCUCCCAAGGUGCAUGACUAUAUGUUUCUUCAAUGAAUUGUAGGAGUCACUUUUUGUUCCAUUCCUGUUGCUUAGUGAUGUCUUCUUGUAGGAAAUCCACAGUCAAGGGGUUAAGAUCAGUUAGUUCAGCAACAUACAUGUGUCCCUCUUCUAAACUUCUAAUCCUUCAGCAUAUUCUGUUAAACUAUUCUAUCCUUUGGGGUCUUCUGAUCCCAACCUUAUAUCCAAAUUAUAUCCUAUCACUCCUGUCCUGUCAACCUCUGGACCCAUUAAAGUGGCAGUGCUUCUGGCAUCAUGUUUCAAAUCAGUGGGAUAACAUGAAGUUGUACGUCUAUGAUUUCCCAUGGAAUGAUUACUGCUUCCAGGUCAGACUCCUUGUUGUGUUCCCAGCACAUCAGGGAGGUUAUUGUCCUGAGGAUGAAGGCACAUAUUUCACACAUUUUCUCUACUCCUCAUGCCUUGGUUCCACUAUGCUUGUUCUUGUGCUGUCAAAGAUAGGGAGGCAGGUCACAAAAGGUACUGGAGCCUUCAAACUCCUUGUUAUCAUGAUCUUUCUAUUUCUGCCUGGAGUCUUACCAAAUCUAUUCUCCAACUCGAGAAAACUCCAUUAAUAGAAUAUGUGAAAACCUCUUUUACUCUAAUUCUUCUAGACUUCUGGCAUAGAGCAAAAAAUAUCCGACAAUUUUUCCUUCUAACACUUCCCACCCCUCCUUAAUUCUGAUGGCAAUACAGUGGUCACAUAUGUCCCUAAAGCUGAAGUUUUGCUCAACUUUAUUUGAAAAUUUCAGCCUGAACGGUUUGCGGCGUGUUCCUUCUAUUCACCCCCUCCCUUCUGAUACAAUAUACAUGUUAAAAUUUUUAAGAAUGAUGUUUUCUUUGCCCUGAAUCAAUGGAGUGGAGUGCCUUCUAUUGUCCUUAAAAACUAUGCUUCCAAACUGACACCCUGCCUGGUCAGAUUCUUUCAUCUCUGCUCAUACUUAUCUAACUGCUUAUAUCUAACUUCCCUUCUUCCUGGAAGUACGCUUGCAUACAGUUAACCCCUUCCUAAGAGGCUGACCGAAAGGGCUCGCACACAUUCCCGGUCACGGUCCCGGUCUUCCCCGAUCACCCCCGGUCUGCCAAUCGUGGCCUGACCGCCGGCAAGAUCGGCAAUAUUCCCGGGACCGGCGGGCGGCGACGCACCUGGGGUUUUCCGCCUGUGUACCUCAUACAGACCGGCAGCUUACCGCCUGGAAACCGGCGACUAUACACGCUAUUUGAUUCCUCCGACCGGCGACUGCAGCAGGUCAGCCUGUGGUAGGCUACCUGUUUACCGCGGGCAGACGGGCAACAGACCUGCGUAAUGCCCAUGGCACGUCGGCUAUCAAACACGGUCGUCGCCACGCCUGGUGGGCAGAGUGUAUAUAAUAAAUGCCCCUCCAGGUGUUUUUGAUCACUUGUGUGUGCAUACAUAGAUGAAACAUCUAACUUUGAACUGAAAUUUAUGAUAGAAGGUAGGAGGGAAUAGAAUAGAGAUUGCCGUUAAUAGCGAUGAACCCUGCGUUUUGGCUACGAAGAGGAGGUGAGGUAUAGAGGAAAAUGGUGUUUCAGAGAAUGGAUAGUAAAGACCAUGAAUGAUGCAAAGUUAAUAAAGUUGGAUGAUCUAUCACGACACCUUUUUGGGUCGUCACCAGAGGUUUGACCAGUUAAGGCUCAGAAAUGUACCCCACGAGCGUAGCUCACUUCCUGUAUAUCAUAAAUUGGUAAAUACAACUAUUUAAAACUUAAAA